AUGCGGCCAUGCCGAUCAAGGCUCGAGGAGAACUGGGUCGAGGCCGCCCGGUCCUGUUCCCGCCAGGGCGUCGCUUCUCGAGCGCACGUCAUGCCAGACCACGGGGUGUGGAGCGAGCUGGCAGUCGCAGAGGCAGGCCAGCGCAGCUUCUCCAAGGCCGACCUGGUCCCGAGAGCGCGCGUGCUCGCGCUGGCUCGGCGGCUGGCCGACCUCGACUUUGAGGUCCCCCUCGCCGAGCUGCAGGCCUCGGGGGCGCCGGCGCCAGUCGCGGCGACCGAGAAGCACGUCGGGCAGGAGUGCUCGCUGGUGGGCCACGUGGUGAGCAGCGGCUGCCUCGAAGGCGCGGACACCGUGCUCGACCUGGGGGCGGGGCGCGGGUGCCUCAGCGAGCGGCUUCAACAGGCUGCGGGGACGCGCGCCGGCUUCCUGCUGAUCGACAGGGAUCCCCAGAAGGCCCGGUGCAGGGACGCGGCGCUGCGGCGGCGGGGGAGGGCGAGGCGGCUUGUGGCCGACCUGCAGCACGUACGCCUGGACCCAGCGCUCGGCCGCUGCGUGGCGGUGACGAAGCAUCUGUGCGGCUGCGCCACGGACUUCGGGCUGCGGUGCCUGCGGGCGCUGGACGAGGACAAGGCGGCGCUGGGCAGAACUGGGCCGCCGACGCCGCUCUUCUUCGCCACCUGCUGCCACCACCGCUGCACCUGGGAGCACUACGUCAACCAGGCCUUCGUGCUGCGGCACGGCCUCUCGGAGGGGGACUUCGCCGAUGUGUGCGCGCUCUCGCACUGGGCCACGCUGCAGGCGAGGCCUCCGGAGGAGGCGCCGCGGGGCGAGGCGCGGGAGGGCCUUGACUGGGGGCAGCGGCGCGCACUCGGCCAGCGCUGCAAGCGUUUCCUGGACUCCGGGCGGCUAGAGUGGCUCCGCGGGCGCUACGCCACGGCGGCGCUCGUGCAGUACACCACGCUCUCGGUAGAGAACCGGCUGCUCGUGGCCAGAUGA